UGUGAAGUGACUGGCCGUCUCCCUCCCUCUCUCUCUCUCCCUCUCACUUUCCCUCCAUCCCUGGGGGACCUUCCACUUCUGUGACCCACUCCCGCACCCUGCCCCUCUCUCCCUUUUGCACUCUCCGUCUCCCUCUCAAUCUCGCCACGUUUCUCUCUUUCACUCAUUCUCUCUUCUUCCUAUCUGACACUGCUCUCUCUUUUUCUGUCUCUUGCUCUCUUUCUGCCUCUCUCAUUCUCUUUCUCUCUCUGUACCUCUCUCUCCCUCUCUCUCCAUCUCUGACCCUCUCUCUCUUUUACUCUCUCCAUCCCUCUCUCCCUCCCUCUCCCUCUCUCUCUCCCUCACUGACACUCCCUCCCCUCUCUCUCUCCCUCUCUCUCUCCCUCCCUUUCUCUCUACCCUCUCUCCAUUCUCUCUCUCUCCCCUCCCUCUCUCUCUCCCCCCUCUCCCCAUCUCUGACUCUGUCGCUCUCUCUCCCUCCCUCUCCCCUUCCUCUCUCUCUCUCCCUCUCACUGACACUCCCUCCCUCUCUCUCCCCUCCACCUGACUCUCUCUCACUUUCUCUCCGUGGGGCACACCCUGUGCCUCCCCAGGCCCCUUGGGUGCAGAGCUGGGCAUGGACUCGCCCCCCUUCCCCAGGACGCUGGUGUGGAUACUGCUGCUGGCUCAGUUCCCCCGUCGGAUGGUGGCCGUGUGCCCCACCCACUGCAAGUGCUCAACUUCCUUGCUUCAGUGCUCGGGGGUCGCUGGGGGAGAGGACUUCCCCUUCCUCAACCAGGAUGAGAGGGCCAACGUAACUGAAAUGUAUAUCGAGGGUUGGGCUGGACUGAAACAUCUGACUGCAGCUGAGCUGGAGCACUACACCAAACUCAGGAACCUAACAAUCACUAACUCUGGGCUGGUGGACAUAGAUGAGAACGCCUUCAUCCACAGCCCCCAGCUUCAGUACAUAAACCUGUCGUCGAACGCACUCACCUCCCUGUCCUGGAGACCCUUCCAGUCCCUCAGCCUCAUGGAGCUGGUACUGCUGGGGAACCCCCUGAUCUGUUCCUGCCGGAUCUGGUGGCUCCACCUGUGGCAGGAGAAAGGACAGGCGGCACUGGCCAAUCAGAGCCUGAACUGCCAGCACAACGGUAGCACCACGCAGCUGGAGGCACUGCGGCUGGUUAACUGCGCUCUGGCGGAGGCCACGAUCAGCAUGGAGAACCGAACCGUGAAGGCGGGAGAGAACCUCACCCUCCUGUGUCAGGCCUCAGGGACCCCCCCUCCCUCCGUCCACUGGCUCCUCGAGCAGGUCAAAUCCCGCUACUCCCUGCAGAUGGAUGCCGCUCGACCGCAGGAGGCAGUGCUCACCCUGAUUGACAUCAACCCUGAGGAGAACGCCAACAACCUGAGCUGUCGGGUGGAGAACCUGGUGGGGGCCGUCGAGGUCUCCCUCACCCUCUCAGUGCUGUACAAGCCGGAGAUCCUGAGCCUAUCCGAUGCUGUCAACCACCACAACUGGUGCUUCCCGUUCGUGAUGCGGGGAAACCCCCGUCCCACCACCCGCUGGUUCCACGACUCCCUCGAGCUGCCCGACAACCUCAUCAGCUGGACCGCCAUCUACGAGGAGUCGCCCAACGAGAUCCACGGCUGCCGAGAGCUGGCCAGCCCCACCCACUGCAACAAUGGCAACUACACCCUGCUGGCACAGAACCCCCUGGGCACCGACCGCAGGACCGCACAGGGACACUUCAUGGACGGGCCCAUGGACAUCUGUCUGACCGAGCCCACCACCCCUGUGGCGAGGGAGAGCUCCACCUCAAGGAACGUGACGGCCAAGGACAAGGAACCUUCCUUCGGGGUGUGGGUCCCAGGGGGACUGGCAGUCUUGACCUCGCUCAUCCUGAUGCUGAUCCUGGGCGUGAUUCACCGGUACCGGGCAAGCAGCAAGCUCCAGCACAGCCGAGAGGCGAAGAUGCUGGGGGGUGAGGAGGACACGGGGGUGUCACUGCACUUCCUGAACCUGGGCAUCAGUGCCAGCCCCAUGCCCAGUGGCCAGCAGGAGAUGCCCAAGAGCCACACCAUCGAGAAACCCGCAGUACUUCUGGGAGUCUCGAUCCUUCCUGAAGGAUCAUGGCUCUGGUUUGUCGGCCUGACUCUGGAAUGGGAAUUCUCUCCUGUUCCAGCUGUGCACCACAUCAAGCGGAGAGACAUCACCCUGAAGUGGGAACUUGGGGAGGGAGCCUUCGGGAAGGUGUUCCUAGCGGAGUGGGAGAAACACGGGAACGAGGAGGAACACAUGCUGGUCGCUGUCAAGGCUCUGAAGGAGGUGACGGAGAGCGCACGCACCGACUUCCAGCGAGAGGCCGAGCUGCUGACGUUCCUGCAGCACGAACACAUCGUCAGCUUCUACGGGGUGUGCCUACAGGGCGAGCCCCUGCUCAUGGUCUUCGAGUACAUGAGGCGAGGGGACCUCAACCGCUUCCUGCGGUGCCAGGGUCCCGACGCCCCCAUGCUGGUGAGCGGCGGUGAGCAGUCCUUUGGACAGCUGAAAACUCCCAGCUCCCUGCACAUUGCCCAGCAGAUCGCCUCGGGAAUGGUCUAUCUCGCCUCACUGCACUUCGUCCACCGCGACCUUGCCACCCGCAACUGUCUGGUCGGAGGCAUGGUGGUGAAGAUUGGAGACUUCGGCAUGUCCCGGGACAUCUACAGCACUGACUACUACAGGGUCGGAGGCCGCACCAUGCUGCCCAUCCGCUGGAUGCCACCGGAGAGCAUCAUGUACCGCAAGUUCACGGCGGAGAGUGACAUCUGGAGCUUCGGUGUGGUGCUGUGGGAGAUCUUCACCUAUGGCAAGCAGCCCUGGUACCAGCUGUCCAACACCGAGGCGAUCGAAUGCAUCACACAGGGCCGGAAACUGGAGUGCCCGAGGAACUGCCCCCGAGAGGUGUACGCCAUCAUGCAGGGCUGUUGGCCCAGAGACCCACAGCAGAGGCUGACCAUAAAGGAAAUCCACAGCCGCCUCCAGCGGCUGGUCAAAUCGCCGCCGGUUUACCUCGACGUGCUGCAGUAAGGGUCCAGGUCCCGGGGUGGUGUGUUACCGUGGACACCACUCUGGAUGGACACUCCCCGGGACCAUGGAGAGUGUACCGUCACUCGCAGCAGAACUAAGUGUCCUUGCAGACUGCAUGUGGCUAAGGAAGAUAAGGAAGGUU